UUACCUGAAAAUUUAAAUUUUAGACUUGCAACCUAAAAUCUCAAGCUCUUGAUUAACUAUUGGGAUAUCUUUUAGGGAUACAUUUAGGGUUCUCAAAUGCUAUAAAGUAUAGAAUAUUCAUGCUAAAUUUUGACAACCAACUUCUAGUUGCAACAUGUGCAGUUGCUUCUUUCUAUGUAGACCCAUAAUUUAAAUUUAGAAAUAAUAAUUUUUUAUUAACAUGCAGAAGACCAUUGAAUGGUACUAAAUGUAUACAACAGAAAUUCCGACUCACAAGUCUGAAAUGGAACAACACAAGCAGACAGGAAGCUGUCGGGUCAAGGAAUGGGCUCGCGUUCUGUUGAGGAACUUCAAAAGAUUGGUAGCCAGCUAGGCAAAGCUUGACAAACAUUAUGAGAAGAAAGGUUUCCAACCUUUAGAUUUGCAUUUAGGCUAAAAGUAGUUGCGUAAAAGAAUCAAUGCAUGGUUGCAAGACUUCUGAUUUUGCAGGAAAAUUAGGUUUUGAGUUACAAUCAAAUAAGCCUAAUUUUUGAGAUAUUUAUAGAGUAUUUGCAUUGUCAUCGAACCUUAUAGACAUACAACAACCACACUUCCUCUGACUCGUCUCCUACUUAGGUUAUAUUCAUGGAUAGAGCUGCAACCCACAAUCCAACCAUUAAAGAGGCCCAAGAUCUACUCCAUGAUAUGGGAUAGGAGUCUCUAAUGUACCCUGUAAUAGAUUCUUCAUUGUCAU